AUGGCUGCUCUCACCACAAGAAAUCCCUGGCUGUGCUUCCCGUUCGAGCUGCUGGAGGUGGUCACCACUCACCUGAUGUGGAAUAGUGCUGCCACCUACGCUGGACAACUGGCGCCGCCUGGGCUGCUGGCUACACUCACCGGACUGGCUGGAGCCCUGCACUACAGCUUUGGCCGCGGCGUCGGCAGCUUCAUCGGCGGCUACCUGAUGGCGCUGUCCGGACCGGCCUUCACCUUCCGGACCAUGGGUAUCGGCAGCGGCGUGGCCGGCGUGCUCUACGCCAUCGUCUACUACGGCUGCCUCCGUCAGAGGAUCUCCCAACGAGAGGAGCGCCAACGUGCUAAGAAGACCCAGCAAAAUGCUGACCCGAUGGAGGACCCGCACGAGCUAGCGGCAAUGCUGGAGGAGCACGCCAUCGCCACAGUGUAGUGCCAACAGUGUCCUGGCGGCCGAGCCGGCAACGCUGGAGGAGCACACCAUCGCCGCAGUGUAGUGCCGACAGUGUCCUGGCGGCUGAGCCGGCAGGAGCACACCAUCGCCACAGUGUAGUGCCGACAGUGUCCUGGCGGCUGAGCCGGCAACGCUGGAGGAGCACACCAUCGCCGCAGUGUAGUGCCGACAGUGUCCUGGCGGCUGAGCCGGCAACGCUGGAGGGAGCUACACCAUCGCCGCAGUGUAGUGCCGACAGUGUCCUGGCGGCUGAGCCGGCAACGCUGGAGGAGCACACCAUCGCCGCAGUGUAGUGCCGACAGUGUCCUGGCGGCUGAGCCGGCAACGCUGGAGGAGCACACCAUCGCCGCAGUGUAGUGCCGACAGUGUCCUGGCGGCUGAGCCGGCAACGCUGGAGGAGCACACCAUCGCCGCA